AUGAUCCACACUGACCAGUCGAACUGUAAGGUUUUCCAAUGCUUCUACGGCGGUUCCAUUGAGGUCGAUAAAGCUACGGGAGUGGACCAAGUGAAUAAAGCGGUUGAGAUAGGUCUCAGUCGAUUGCCUAUGUCACAAUGGAGUCAAGCCGAGGUGCAUAUUCAGCCAUCUUGUUUGCAAAUCACACUGAAACGAGGACCAACCAUCGAGUGUCGAAUUCGAUUUCUAUCUUUCUGUUCAAUUUUCAAGACGGACGCAAGGCUAUGCGGCCUGAUUCAGCAAUCCGUCACCGGUACAUUCGCCUGCCACGUUCUAAAGCGGGAACCGGACGCUACAGCAUUAUGUGAAGCUAUCAAGGCAGCGUGCG